AGGGCUUCAACUGAACUUUGUGUGACAUAGCAAGCGGUGAGCACAACAUGUCAUCUCGUGCGGGGUUCAACAAAAUCCCAGAAUUAGACGAGCAACGACAAAGCUCAAAUAUCCCUGAUGAGGCGCUCAUCUUGCGAAAUCGUCAGAAGCAAGGUAGAAAUCCCCCAAAAUGCUCUCAGGGGUCUUUCUCGUCGGCUUGGCAGCCCUGAUCACCUCGAGCUCUGCUCAGUCGAACUCCAGCCAGAUACUGGUGGUUGAUCAGAAGAGCUUCAAUGUGUUGAAGCCCGUCCCUCCUCCUUCAGAAUCCAAUCUUACGACGGUUUUUGUACCUCCUGGCGUCACGCUGCAACAAGCCCUUGCGAAGCCCUUCCACGUCUAUGACGAUGCCUUCUUGGAUAUUAUUGGGACGAACCCCACCCUGACACUAAUUGCCAGUACUAACAGUAAUCCCCUCUUCCACGAGGCUGUCGUCUGGUACCCUCCGACUGAUGAGAUCUUCUUCGUACAAAAUGCCGGAGCGACUGCCGCUGGAACUGGCCUGAACAAGUCGAAUAUCAUACAAAAGAUCGCCUUGAGUCAAGCUGCAGCAGUUUCGUCCUUACGCAAUGCGAGCGGUCAGGUGGAUGUUGUGACUGUCAAUGCUACGCCUCCGGUGGUAAACUCGAACGGAGCAACUCAGUAUCGAGGUCAACUUCUCUUUACUGGCGAAGGACAAGGCAAUAACACAGCUCCCGCUUUAUACGUCGUGAACCCACGUCCUCCGUACAACACGACUGUUCUCGUGAACAACUACUUCGGCCGCCAAUGGAAUUCUCUCAACGAUGUAGCGGUCAAUCCUAUGAACGGCGACGUGUACUUCACAGACACCCUCUACGGCUACCUGCAAGACUUCCGCCCUUCGCCAGAACUCCCAAACCAAGUGUACAGGUUCACACCUUCUACAGGAGCUGUAUCGGUUGUAGCCGAUGGAUUCGAUCUGCCAAACGGCAUCACGUUCUCUCCGAAUGGGUCCUACGCGUAUGUUACGGACACAGGUGCUCAAUACUCCUUCUUUGGGUAUAACAUGACCGCGCCAGCCUCGAUCUAUCAAUUUACCGUCCUCCCCGACGGCACGUUUGCGAAUCGCAAGCUUUUUACCUAUUCGAGCGUUGGUAUACCGGACGGCAUACACUGCGAUUCAAACGGCAAUGUGUACUCGGGCGUUGGGGACGGCGUGCACGUGUGGAGCCCUUCGGGGAAACUGCUCGGCAAGAUCUUCCUGGGCACGACGUCGGCCAACUUCAAUUUCGCGGGCAAAGGCCGCAUGGUCAUCUGCGCGGAGACCGAGCUCUAUUAUGCCACGUUGGCGGCCGAGGGGGCGGUGGUGUCGAGUCAGCUGCCGCCGACUUGAAUGGGGGAUUUGAAGCUUUCAAAGCCGUCGGGAAAGAGCAUAUGAGUUAAGAUCCCACGAUCAAAAUGAAAGUCCAUGUGAUAGGAGUCUCCGUCUGGGUCUUUGGCGGCUUUGAAGGGAGC